ACUGUAAAAAUGCGAUUGAAAUUAUCCCUACGAGAGGUUAAAACCAGUACCGUUGUGACACCUGACCCCAGAAAAAGACUUUCCCCGCGUGCGCGGAGGCCCCGUGCGAAUUUCCUCUCUCAUCAUGCUGCAUGUGCUUCGGCCAUUGUCGUCACAACCAUGCGACGCUGUUAGCCUCCGUUUUUGUACUGUACUCAUCUAUCUUUGUAGGACUUGUCAUCUCUUUGUUUGUUCCUUCUGCUUUGUUGGUUUGAGGUUCAGAGCACCUUUGGUCAGCACUAUCUAGCUAGCUUGCCAUCAGUGGUUAGAAGAGACUCGACGCGACACUGUGGCGCUGGCUGAUCGGCAUUGCCCGGAAAAAUUGGUGAUUGAACCGUGCCUCAUCGCAGUCUUUCUAGCUGAGCACAACCCUUUGCCACAUCCAAAAAGCCUCAAUACGCUUCCUCUGACGCAGCAAUACAACAACAACAAUGGGAACCUAUCUGUCGACUCCAGCCUCUGAAAAAUACAAGGAAUGGGGUGAGGACAUGGACUGUCCGGUGCGGCCCCUCCGGUUUUCUGUCAUCGACAUGCAAGGCUGGCGAAAGUCCAUGGAAGAUGCACACGUCGUGGAGACCACAGUGCCGUAUCCGCCGGGGUUACCCUAUAUAAAAGAUAAAGAGAAAAUACCAAAAGCCAAAGUUUUUGGAGUGUUUGAUGGCCACGGUGGACCGGAAGUGGCACGCUUUUGUCAGCUGUAUAUGGUCUCUGUCUUGACCAAGCAAGAAAUGUGGCAAGAAACAACAAACGAUGAAGAAGCCGACGUUGCCGAAAAUACUGGCAUUGGAAAAGCACUUAUUAACACAUUUCACGCAUUGGACCGCAUGAUUGACGACCCGACGCGAAGAGAUGAAAUUAUUCGAUUGCGAACACAAAAAGCACCACCAACCGAACGCAGGGACGCUGGUACUAUUCCACCUGUCAAGCCUGUUGUUUCCCCACAAGGUGCUGGAAUCAUAAAUACUGCAGAGCUUGCCGGGGGAGCCGCUGAAAACGUUUUACCUCCGCCUCCUCCACCACCCGCACAACCAGCGGUAACCCCAGCCGAAACUCCUAUUAGUGAAACUAUUGAGUCCGAGUCUAACACCAGCGAUGAAAAGGACGCUGAAAGCGAUACCACCCAAGAAACAGAGGAGAGUUCACAAGAAGGAAAGCCUGAAGAGGAAAGCGAGGCAACUACAGAUAGUGCCACCGUUGAAGAAAACACAGACUCUGCUGCCGAUUCCGCUUCACCAGCAACCGACGAAACUCCACCCACUGAAACACCCGGGGAGUCUUCUUCUUCUGAUGAACCGAAAAAAGAAGAACAGGAAGAAAGAGAGGAUGAAACCAGUUCAACAAGUAGUGGUUCGCAGUCGGACAAAGAUUACGACAGUGACGAGGCGGUGGGAAAGGAAGAAGCGGCUCGGGAACAAGGCAUCGACGAAGAGGAGGAGGAGAGCAGCGACGAUGUACAAAUCAAUCCUUACGACGGCGCUAUUCAGGUCGUUGGGAACGACACUGCUGAUAACUCCGCUACUGAUCCUGCCAUUCCCACCAAUAAAGUUACUGUGAUGUUUCAAAGGUUGCUCAACAUGAACGAUCAAUCCGGGCAAAUGGUGAUCCGGGUUGCAGACCAAGACGCAGGCAAAGCUGAUGGUACCGACCCAGCCGAUCAGAUACAGGCACCCGUACACACCGGACCUUCAGCUUCAUCACCUUCAAUUCUGCAGAAUGGUCGUUUGAUAUGCAAUCUCCCGGACCACCCAAUCCAUGCUGGGUGUACUGCUGUUGUCGCUGUUCUCUUGAACAUGACGUUGACCGUUGCGAAUGCUGGGGAUUCGAGAGGAGUUUUAUGCCGCGAGGGUGGCAAGGCGGAGCCUUUGAGCUUUGAUCAUAAACCUCAACAACCACGCGAAAUGAAUCGGAUCAACAGUGCUGGUGGCUUCGUGAAUCGAUUUGGCAGGGUGAAUGGAAAUCUGAACUUGUCCCGUUCUAUUGGUGACCUAAAGUACAAACAAGUGCCAGGGAUAGCACCCGCUGAUCAAAUGAUCACUGCCCAGCCAGAUAUCCUUCAGGCUACGCUGCAGCCGAACGAUGAAUUCUUUAUCCUCGGAUGUGACGGCAUUUGGGACUGUCUCACAAAUGAAAAAGCAGUUGAGUUUGUUCGGGAACGUAUAGACACGAAGGAGCCAAAAGAGAUUGGCGAAGAAAUGUUGAACACUAUCUUGAGCGAUGACCCCAGAGCCACACAGGGCAUCGGAGGUGACAACAUGACAGUUUUGAUUGUUGAUUUGCAGCCCGCCUCUCGGAGCUACAAGGUGGACCCUGCAUGGGGACCACCGCCGCCAUCAGCACUCUAGAACACCGUGUUGCUGCAGUAAGCUUCUUUAGCCGCUUUUAACAUCACUCGUCCCCAUGGAAGCUAACUCAUCGAUCAGCACGGUGGCAAACUGCUCUUUGGUGGUGGCAUGCAAAAGUGUCAUAUACCACCACGCAAAACGACCGCUAUUACCUAGGAUUAGAAAAGAAGCGAAAGCGAGGAUCAAUUUGGUUUUGGUCAAAAUACACUACUAGUAUUGAUACGGCACAGAACUACUAUCGGUACCGAAAGUCGUGUCCUACAGAGCAGUCCUCGUUUCAUCCGUAUUUAUUUUCACCCUAGCUAGCAUUAUCGCAGGUUCCGCUCUGAUGAGCUUGACAUUCAAAGGCCUGUGCUAUCCUACCGGUACCACUACAAGGUACCGUGCCAUAAACAUGACGGAUUUUUAUGUGGAUGUUUGAGAACACUCCUGCCAGACUAAACUGGCCUUUGUUGGGCAGCGAGUGUUCGUCUAAAAACUAGAGCAAACCGGUUCUGAGAGGCUGCUGCCUCAACCCCCUACCGGUGGCUAGCUAUUAAUAGGAUCAAAUCAUGCUGUUUUCAAGGAUAGUUGUGGUUGGUUGUUGCAUGCGAAACUUCUUCUGGUUUGCAAAGCGCAUGAAUUUGGCCUCGGGAAUGCAAUAACCAGUGCACAACACGUCCCACCGACCAAAGAGAAGGGAAAGGUUAAGCAGCCAGUCGGUGUACCACCAGAGAUACUCCAAGGCAACCCCUUUCAUGCCUGCUGAAUCAGAGUCUGGGAGGACGACGCUCGACAUCUCAAUAUCUCCUGAUCUUCACCAGCUACCGGUAAACCCACGGGAUUCCCACCACCCCAGAUUCGCAGAUCCGACUUGCUUGUGGAGAGGACUCGACUCAGAUGUUGUUUCAACCAUUUUCUUUGCAGCUGACUCCUUGUAACCCGUUGACUCUAUUCAUACCGUAGAAAGUCUGAAAGGGCCUUGCAAUAUCUUGUUUUGUCCACCCGCUAACUUCUUCAAUUCAAGAGAAACAAUGAUACCGGUAGAAUCCAGCGCAGAAGCACGGUCAGUUUGGCCGAAAGUUGAAAAUGCAGCAAAGAUUUCUGCCACUUUCAAAGAAUCUGAUGUCCAUGCCAGCGCCGUGAGAUAUCUUUUUUUGUUCACCCUCAAGCUUCUUCGCUUCCGAGGAAAACAAUGGCAGAACCAGCGCAGAAGCUCGGCAAGUUUCGCCAAGGAAGCCAAAGAUAUACCUCGCCCAUCAACAAGCCGGCGACACACUACAGUAGCGACAGCCAUCACACAUCCAGCUACUGUAUGGGAUUCCUGAUCAUUUGCCGUCCGUCCUCAAGGCCAAAGACAUGCAGUUUUCUUUCUUCUUCAAAUUGGCUUCAAAUUAGAUCAAGUCACGGAUGCGGAAUCCCGUCAACACAUACGUGUUCUGCCACGAGGAAGUGCCUGGGAGGUCGAUCUGAUGAGACUUCAACUUGCUUGCUGCCU